CUAAGUGCGUCGUCGUCGUCGUCUUCGUCUGAGACUGAACUCAAGAUUUCAUAACGCAACCGAAAAUGUCGGUGUCGUUGCCUUCAUCCUCAUCGGCUCUAUUCACAUCAUCUCGUCAGGAGGGAAGCUGCAGGUUUGCUGUUCGAUCUGAAACGCUAAAUUUUCUCUACAAGCUUCAAAGGUCGUUUCCUCAAAUCCGCGCUUCCACUGGCAAUGCAUCGCCUCUUGAGACUGGUUUAAGCACUGAAUUGGAUGCUGUUUCGAGCUUCAGUGAGAUUGUUCCGGAUACUGUCAUUUUCGACGAUUUCCAGAAGUUUCCACCCACUGCUGCUACAGUUAGCUCUUCCCUGCUUCUAGGUAUAUGUGGUCUUCCGGAUACAAUAUUUAGGAGCGCUGUAGAAACUGCGCUUGCUGAUUCAGAGUGCUAUGGACAAGAGGAUCCCAAAGCUCGUAUGUCCUGCUUCUAUAACAAGGCUUUAGUGAAUGUUGGGAGCGACUUGUUGAAGCUAGUCCCUGGUCGAGUGUCAACCGAAGUGGAUGCUCGUCUGGCUUAUGACACACAUGGUAUUCUAAGGAAGGUACAUGAUCUUUUAAAGCUAUACUAUGAAAAAGAGGUCCCUCUGGAGCGUCUUCUGUUCAAGAUCCCUUCAACCUGGCAAGGAAUAGAGGCCUCAAGAUUGCUGGAAUCUGAAGGCAUACAGACUCAUUUGACAUUUGUUUAUAGCUUUCCCCAAGCAGCAGCUGCUGCACAAGCUGGCACUUCUGUUAUCCAAAUAUUUGUCGGCCGUAUAAGGGAUUGGGCACGGAAUCAUUCCGGUGAUCCUGAGAUAGAAGCUGCCUGCAGAAGAGGAGAAGAUCCCGGCUUGGCUUUGGUAACCAAGGCAUACAAUUACAUUCACAAAUAUGGAUAUAAAUCAAAGUUGAUGGCAGCUGCAGUUCGAAACAAGCAGGACUUAUUUAGUCUUCUAGGGGUUGAUUAUAUGAUUGCACCAUUGAAGAUAUUGCAAUCACUCAAAGAAUCCAUUACCUCUCCGGAGGAGAAGUACACUUUCGUGAGGAGGCUAACCCCAGAAUCUGCUGCGACCUUCAAAUUCAGUGAAGAAGAGCUUGUGAAGUGGGACCAGUUGAGCUUUGCAUCAGCUAUAGGGCCUGCAGCUGAGGAGCUUCUGGCUACUGGACUGGGGGGCUAUGCUAAUCAAACAAAACGUGUAGAGGAGUUCUUUGGGAAGAUAUGGCCACCCCCAAAUGUGUAAGGGAAAAGGCAUUGCGGUGAUGUCCAAGCUGUUGUCUUCCGCAAGGAAUAAAUGGCUGAACUAUGCUCUCAAUAUAAGAACUGUGCAAACUUAGAAAUAUGCGAUCCUGCCUUCAGCUUUUCCAAGUUCCAAGAUAAC